ACCUUCGCUUUUUUCUUGCAGAGCGACAGCGACCAUCGAACGUAGCGGAGCUCGAUCGUCCCGUGGUCCGCGGUGUGUGUAAUUAAGUGUAAGUGACACUUUCGCAGUGCGUUUCGCGGUUUUUGCGUUAAAACCCAAAAACACUUGCGUGCGUGUGCUUGUGUAAUUUAGUGUGUGUGUGUGCCCGGAAGUGUGUUGUCCCCUUCCCUUCGCUUUCCCCUUCUGUGCAGCGCUAGCACAAAGAGGUGUUUUUUUCCGCCAGCUCCUUUACCCAACCGCGCCCCGCCCACUGGAGAAGAAGGGUGGCGGGGUGACAGCAGCACUCCAUCCUAGCACUCCAACCCACGGCUCCCUCCUUCGCCCGAAAGUCUCCGCAUGACUCUGAUACUGGUGCUGCUGUUUCUGAAGAACAUUUGCGUGUUUCUGAACAAGCUCGUGCUGCGGUGCUACAACUCCUUCCUGAUACACCCGCACCACCGCCAUCCGGACGGUGGCAAGUACGGCGGCUACGGUGGAGGCGGCGGCGGCGGUCUGGGUGGUGGUGGUGGAGGCGGCCACAGUGGCACGGCAGGGCUCGGGGUACGUCCGCGCCGCACCCGCCGCAACCGGGCGGAACUGAUGUACCAGCGGGACACCGGCGGGCUGGCGUACGGGGAACGAGCAACGCACUACUACAACAAUCACUAUUGAGAGAGAGGAGAGGGAAGAGGAAAGAGAGAGAGAAGGAGCGAUCCGUUCGGUAGGCAUGCAUGAGUGCUAGACCGCCGUCACCGCGUGCGCACCAGAGGGCCAGGGGAGGCGUAGGAGGAGGAGGAGGAGCAGGAGGACGGUUCGGCGGCACGGCAAGAGCAGCGACGGAAGCGUUGGUGGGGACGGUGGCGGGGACAAGCGGUGACGAGGACGAGCUGAUGACGAUCAACGAAAACCGGAAUGUCGGAGGGGUUGGGGGCGGCAGCAUCGGUGGCCUUGGGCCCAGCGAUACCGAACCGAGCGCAAUAUCCGCCUCCAACUCGUCCCUCUCGUCCGCCUCCUCGUCGGAGGCCGGUUCGGUGCACUCCGACGGUGAGCAGCAGCAGCAGCAAUCGUUGCAGCUGCUAGAGGACGACGGGCCAGGGCCGUCCGGGCGACAUCCGAUGGAUGCGACCAGCUCGUCGUGCUGCCCGGACGGCAGCUUCGCGGGGCAGGACCAGGAGCGGCCGCUCGUGAACGGCUGCGAGGACCUGUGGAGCUGGAACAAGCGGGACCGGUCGAAGGAGGUGUGGCUGAGCCGGUCGGACAAUCGGCGCGUCUACUUCCACCCGAACUGGAGCAAGGGGACGGCCGGCAUUCGGGGUACGCGCGUCCUCAACAACGGCCGCUACUACUGGGAAAUCAGCCUAUCGCAGCGCGUCUUCGGCACGAGCAUGAUGUUCGGCAUCGGUACGAAGAAGGCUCGGCUGCACGUGAACAUGUUCACCAACCUGCUCGGCGAGGACCGGAACGGCUGGGGCCUUUCGCACAAGGGUCUGCUGUGGCAUGGAGGCGUCGCCCGCAACUACACCAAGCGCUUUAAGGAAAACCAACCGACCAAGAUUGGGCUCCUGUUUGACGGCAUUGCCGGUACGCUUACGUACUACAAGGAUGACGUCUGUCUCGGCAUUGCCUUCCGUGGGCUGAAUGAGGUCCGAGAGCCACUGUACCCGAUCGUAUGCUCGACCGCGGCCAAGACGGAGAUGCUGCUGUCGGAGACGCGCCGGGACUUUGUGAACCUGCAGGACCGGUGCCGGGCCAUCAUCAUCAAGCACAUUAACACGCGGGAAAAGCUGGACCGGCUGGCGCUGCCGUACUUCAUCAAGAACUAUCUGGCGGAGGCGGUCACGGAGAGCAGCGCGACGGUGACGCCGCUCGAGCUGCACCUCAUCGAUCAGUAUCUGUACUGAGCGGUAGUGAGAGAGUAGUAUAAUUGAAACACCCGCAGCGUGGGUGAGCUAGUUUAUUGUUGGGUUUGGUAUUACUUUCUGUUUUUUUUUCGAUGUAUCCCCAUUACAUACGUUCCUUACGUUAAUACGGCUAUACCGAACUUAUGCUUAAGUUGUUAAACACUCUACACGCGUACCGGGUUUAUUUGGUUGCAAAUGGUACACAGUCAUUUUGCUAUGACGCAAGAGGUUCUAGUUAGGCAGCUAUGGGGGGUUCCUUAACCGGAUUAAACGCCCUCUAGUGCGAAUUUAUCGUAUCUCUUUCAUUGCCUUACUCUUUCUUUUAGUAAAGCAUACGAGCCGAGAAGCGAGAGAAGGAACGGGGGCAGAACCAACACGUCGAUCCGUUCCGACGUGACAGCGAGUAACAUUCUAGUCAUACUAGUCAGUCGGCCACUUGCGGCAGGGGCACAGUAGGUGAAAGUGUAAAAAAAAAAGCGAAACCUUUACUGCUGCUCGCAUGCUGGCCCUGUACACAUACUAGUCGAAAGAGUGAGAGAGAGAGAGGCAAAGAGUCUCGCAUAGGCAAAGCAUUUAGAAGGUGUAGAAGCUCCAGUUGCAAAACUGCAUCAAAUCGAACGAAAGCUGGGUUGGAAAGCUAGGUAGAAAGGCAGAACUCUCUUGUUCGUUCGGUUUGCUACCGUUCUGUACAUAUUUAUUUGGUGCAAGCUCUUGUGGAAAGGAUGGAAGACAGCACGAGGGAGGGCAGUACAGUAUGAAGGCAAGACGUUGCGGAAGGAAAUGAAAAAAAAAAACGGAGAAUGUGGCAAAAUUUAGCAACCCGUUUAAUCGGGAAUUUAGGCAUUUAAGCUUUUCAGUAAGAAGGUACAGAGUUAUUGUGGGGCGUGAGUGUUUGUCUGAGCUGUGUGUGUGUCUGGUGUGUGAAGAUGAAUGAUCGAAGAGGCGAGAACGCGUGAUUAAGUAUGUGUGUAUGAGGAAUUAAUGUAUCGAAAUUGGUGUGUGUGUUUU